GGCAGAUUAUGCGAUGAACAAUCUACUGAUUUCCAAAAGAGGACCUUGGACUCAGAUAUGGAGAUUCUCAUACCCAUUGUUACACAGUCAAUGGUCCUUUUGUUGAAUAAAACAACCUUCCAUUUGUGAUAAUAUUUGCUCGCCUGGUCUGGCAUGUAUGCACAGCGACUUUUCACUCAUGGUACAAAGAGCAGUGGGAGGAGAGAACGACUCUGUCUUUCAUUAGGCUGCAGAGAGCAGAGCAGUCAGGUAACAGUCACCAUGGUCGGCACGCUGCUCCUGCUUUGGAUCGGAUUCUUCCUGCUCUUCUUCCUCUACAGGUCUCAGAGGCCCAGAAACUUCCCCCCAGGUCCACAGCCGAUACCAAUCUUUGGGAAUCUGCUGCAGUUAACCUUGGAUAAUCCCAUCGAGGACCUGAAGAAGCUAUCAGCGCAAUAUGGGAAGGUGUUUUCUUUAUAUUUUGGAGGAAGGCCUGCUGUGGUAAUCAAUGGCCUGCAGGCAAUGAAAGAAGCAAUGGUCACCAAGUCUGUGGAUUUCGCAGGCAGACCCCAAGGUCUCCUGGUCAGUCACGUCACCGAGGGAAAAGGUGUCAUACUGGCUGACUAUGGUCCCAGCUGGAGGGAACACAGACGUUUUGCCCUCAUGACCCUCAGGAACUUUGGUCUGGGGAAAAAGUCAAUGGAAGAGAGGAUCCUGGAUGAGAUUUCGUAUGUUAUUACAUGUUUGGACAGAAGUGUUGGACGGUCCAUGAGCCCACAGACUCUAUUCCACAAAGCUGCUUCCAACAUAAUCUGUUCCAUCAUUUUUGGAAUUCGAUAUGAUCAUGACGACAAAUAUCUUCAGGAUAUGAUUCGUAUGUUGACAGAGAAUGCCAAGAUUUUCAAUGGACCAUGGGCUAUGAUCUACGAUGCUCUGCCCCUGGUCCGCAGCUUCCCACUGCCUUUCCAAAAGGCUUUUCAGAACACUGCUGUGUUGAAGAAGAUGGCUGCAGACAUGAUCACUCAACACAAAAGCACACGUGACCCUGGAGAGCCACGGGAUUUAGUUGACUGCUAUUUGGAUGAAAUCGAAAAGAGAGCUGACAAAGACUCUCCUUUCUGUGAAGACCAAUUAAUAAUCUACAUUCUGGACAUCUACAUCGCUGGGACAGACACCACCUCCAACACUAUGCUGUUUGCUUUGCUCUACCUUAUGACCAACCCAGACGUUCAGGCAAGCUGUCAGCAGGAGAUUGAUACUGUACUUGGGGAAAAAACCACUGUGUCUUAUGAGGACAGACACAAGAUGCCCUACAUACAGGCCACGAUCCACGAAGCUCAGCGUCUGGCCAACAUGGCACCUUUCAGUGUCUUUCAUUCUACUACCAAAGACACCCAGCUUAUGGGCUACAACAUCCCUAAGGGGACCCUCAUUAUUCAGAACCUUUCCACUGUCCUGCAUGACGAGGGCCACUGGAAGUUCCCCCACGACUUUAAUCCCGCCAACUUCCUGAAUGAGCAGGGCGAGUUCGUGAAGCCUGACGCCUUCAUGCCCUUCUCCGUGGGGCCUCGUGUUUGCCUGGGGGAAAGCCUGGCCCGCAUGGAGCUGUUCCUCUUUUUGGUGACUCUGUUACGCCGUUACCAGUUUGUUUGGCCUGAGGAUGCCGGGGUGCCGGACCUCAGCCCUGUGUGGGGUGUGACGCUGUCACCAAAACCCUACAAACUGGGGGUCAGGCUCAGGGGAGACAAGACAGGUUGAAGACGUCAUGGAAGCCAAUGACUACAUACCAAGCCUCACUCAUCACAAUAAAACUAGUGUGUUGUAUUCGACAAAUCUUUGUGUUUAUAUUUAGAAGAAAUGAAAAAUGACCAGAAUAGACUAAUACUCAGUUCAAGAGAAAGUCAAAAACGAUACAAAAUCUUCUUACGUAUCAGCAUCUUUUGUCUUAAAUGUUGUAUUUGAAGCAGUAAACUUUGUGAAAAUCAA